AUGAAACUUUCACUCACAUUACUCGCAUCACUUGCUACUUUCAUAUUAUCUGCCCGUGCCGCAGAUCAAUCGGACGUUCAAUUUUUAACCGCUUUGGUUGGGGAUUAUCAAGAUCAUAGAACUGAUUAUAUAAAGUUUUUCGGAACUGCUGAUGAUGUUCCUGGAGUAUUAUCAACUUUAGCUACGCAAGUAUUGACAUACACCGAUACUUCCUACACAACUUUGCUCGACAAUAAUGAUUUGAACAUUGGCCAGUUGGAGAGCUAUGCUACAAAUAUACCCUGGUACACAAGAAUAGAAGCAGCUGCUGGCGGCAGUGGGGGAUCAGGGGGAUCAAGCGGUUCAAGCUCAUCAGGUGAUGAAAGUAAUGAUAGUACGUCACAGUCAAAUGGAAGUACUGCCUCAAGCACAUCAGCAUCUGAAGAUACAGGUGAGCCUUCAGUUGCUUCAACGACAUCAUAUGAUCCCCAAAAUACCGUUGAUUCUUCUAAGGCAGCAGUUGCGGCCGCAAAGUCGGCUUCUAAAGCAGAAGCAGCAACCCAAUCGGGGUUGGCACCCGGGGUAGUUGCCCCUUUCGGCGCUGUGAUUGGAGGAUUAAUUGUUGCUCUUUUUUAA